UGCUGUGCCAUGUAGAAGAGCCCAAAUCCUUUGAGCUGUCUCAUUGUGCAAUUGCUCUGUGUCCCUCCAGCUGGCUGCCUUUACAUGAAGAUAGUGCUGUUGGCAACACUUUUCUGCAGCUGGCAGGUGGAAAAGAUUAUUUUCUCUUUUGCAGCUGUCUCAUCUAAAUUCAGAGAAAGAGGUAAAGCCAAUGUCUUUGGAAUGCCCCACGCUGGAGUGGGAUAAUACCUUCAGCCAUACCAUGGUCACUUUAAUUGUGCCUCUUUCACACUAAUGAAUAAUUAACUGCUCUGUGCAUAUGCAUGUACACAGUGGUCAUGGGUGACUCUGCAGGGUCAUGGUGACCUGCAGAUGACCACAGGGAGCUGCUUACCUCAGCACACAUUCUCUUGGACUUGCUGCCUGUUUAUCUCCUUCACCACCAGCUGAUCAAAGCCAAUGUCUCCAUGACCUGCAUUGACUACAAGGGAAUGGUGACUGCUCCCCAGCCUUCUCAAAGCCUGAGUGUGCAAACAGAUUGAGGUGAGCUGGGUGUGAAUAUGCAGCAAGUCAGCUCCCAUUGCCAUUCUUGCUAGGUAAGUGCAAGGUGGCUCACAGGAGAGUGGCGGGCUACUUUUGUUCCAAAGGGUAACAGCUUUCCUACAGGAAGUUACCAUGAAGAGGCAAACCCUUGUUAGCUGGUUUACAUGCCUGUCAUUGGCAUGCUACCUGAAAGUGCAAGCCUCAGCCUCCCAAAAUUCAGUUAARUGUGUCAGGACCCCUGCCUUGAGGCAAGUGUUUAAUAAGAUCAAUUGUCCUGCCUGUUGUAAGUUGAGCCAUGCUUUGCUGGACCCUGUGUGUUAGAAAAAAGGCUUUUGCCCUCCUUCUGCUGUGGAGCUGGAACAUUUUUGCGCAGACCUGUAGUUUUCAAAGGAGUAAGGUUUAUGGAUCAGAGAUGGUCCCUUGUCCUGUGUUUUCCCACAAGAGACCCUCUGCAGCUGAUGAACCUGCUGGAUCCAGUCCAGAGGAGGCCAUGAAGAUGAUUCAAAGGGCUGGAGCACCUCUGCUAUGAAGACAAGCAGAGAGGGUUGGAGCUGUUCAGCCUGGAGAAGAYAAGGCUCUGGAGAGAYCUUGUAGCACCUACCAGUACAUAAAGGKUGUCAACAAGAAGGCUGGAGAAGCACUUUUUGGCAGGGCCUGUUGUGAUAGGGUGAGGGUUAGAGGUUUUAAACUAAAAUAAGUUUGUUCUAGAUUGGAUGUAGGGAAGAAGUCUUUUAGAAUAAAGGUGGUGAAACACUGGAACAGGCUGCCCAGAGAUGGGGUGGGUGCCCCACCCCUGGAAGCAUUCAGGGAUAGGAUGGAUGAGGCUCUGAGCGAUAUAAUCUAGUUCAAGGUGUCUCUGCUCAUUGCAGGGGCAUUGGACUGGGUGACCAACCCAAACUAUGAUUCCAUAAUACUUGGGCGCCUCUAAGGCCUCUCUGCUUUUUAUCGUAAAACUGCUCUUAUUUGCUGGAAGAUUUUUCCUUACGGAUUUUCAGUGGAAAGCUGGGAAAGUUGGCAACAGUUUGCUUGCUAUUGUGUUUCCCUCUCAUUUCUUGCCCCCCUGCUUAUUGCUGCCAUUACCCAUCAAAGCAUCAGGCUGAGUCAGAUGUAGAAAAUGAGAUGAAAAAUGCAGGGUGAUGGAUGGGUGCCAGCCAAAAUUACUUUUUAUUCACCCAUCCCCUAAAGCUGUGAUAGCAGCUCAGAGGCUGUGCUUCAUGACUUCAUCCUUCCCUGCUGAGGGGAGAUAGGCAACAUCAUUAUCAGCUGCCGAUGAGUCCUGAUUUGGAGGCAGCAGUGAAAAUGUCCUCGGAUGUAGGGCUCCUCCUCCACACCAAGGGUGACUCGAACCUGCUGGGAAGAUGGAGGAAGAGCUGGAGGGGAGAGAGGAGAAGAAAGAGGUGCAAAUUCAAUCACAUCUCUAUGAUGAUGUCAUGGCAACAAGGUACAAAGUGCUUGUCAGGUGAUCAGGGCAGGCUUUGAAAGUCUCCAGCUCUUCUCCGUUGCUGCAGGCUCAUGUCUGACUUGCUGAAAAAUCUUUAGGUUAAUAUUUAAUGCCAGCAUUGAAGUGCUAAGGGUGGUAMAUGCCUCACCUAAGCCCCCUGCCUUUGCUUUCCAAUGGGAUGCUAAAUCAGGGUGAGAGGGUAGGAUUGCAAGUUUCAUUAUAUGGGAAUGGCACUAACAGUCAGUAGGGUGGCUUCAGCCCAGAGGGUCCCCGUGCCUAUCUGACUCUAGGACAUGGGAAGGAGGUUUCUAUCCCCUCCAGCUCAGUUUGGAGCUUGUUUGGGACACCAGGAGAUCUCCCUCUUUUCUCAGUCUCCAGGGCUGGCUCUGGAAUAAAGACAUCUGUGGCACUGCUCCGGGAGCCGAGCCCAGCUCCUUUGAUGCAAUCAGUUAGUACACGGAGUUGGUGUUUUGGUUGGUUGGGUUUUUGUUUUUUUUUUCUGAGCCUAAUGAUCCCAUGUUCCAGUUACAGCCCCUCCUAGGGGCCUUCUUUCUGAACCGUGUGUCCGGACCGGAUUCAGCAAACUUCCCGGAGCCAGACGCUGUGUUCCCUUCCCCAGGGAAGCCAUCUGCUCCCCUCCACGCAGCUUCUUCGGGGCUUCGAGCUCGCGAGCCGGGCUGCAAAGCUCUCCUCCUCCUCCUCGCUUGCCCCGGCUCUCCUCGGCCAUCUUGUCAGCAGAAGGCCCGGGAACACGGGGCUGGCUGAAUCUGGGGCGGCUGAUGGUGUCAGCCGGAGGCGGUUUCCAGGCAACUGUCGCGCCGUGGGACACGCGAGCCAAGAACGCCGGGGACACCGCGUUCUCAGAGCACCGCCUGGGAGGGAGUCGGCACGGGACGGUGCGGGGAGGGUAGUGCAGGGAUGGCAGCAGAUGAGGGUGUCUGCAGAAUAUCCCCUCCUGCACACUGAUCAUCGUACCCUCCCUGGCUGGAGGUGAGGAUUUCCAAGCUGGUCGCUGGUGCAAUAACGGCAAGGAAGGACUACGUGAUGUAUGGGACUUCUGCAUCCUUUGGAAGAUCAAAGAGAGAAGGAACAUUGUGCCAGACUGUAUCCCAGCCCCCAGACUUGUUGCAGGUGGUCYUGUGCUUCUCUGUGCGUUUUCAAAUACAAAGCUCCAUCCCUACAAAUCAUGGACCAUUUKUGUGCACGCAUUCCAGCUCUGUGUCCCUGGGUGUCACUGAAAAAGGGAAUUUCUUGUAAAAAGAAAUACCUUUUUCUUCCGCAAGCUGCCAGUCCUCCCCAGCACCUGGUGACUUGCACUGCUCCUCUGUGCUGAUGCCCAAGGCACUAUCCCUACUCCUGCCUGCCUCCCCUUCCUGCUUUAGAGGCCCUGGAAGCAUCCCUUUCCAUGAAACUCACCUGCCUGGUAGCCCUUCCUUACACUGCCGGUCCAGCAUUUCCCCUCACACCAAUGCUGAUUCUCACAUCCCCUUUGUUUUAUCCAAUUCGAGUGUUUUUUUUAAGAGGUGUAUUGAGUACAAUUGAUGUCAAAUGAAUGGGAGAGGGUGAUAAAACUGAUUUGGCCAAGCAAUGGGAAAAAAAAAUCCUUCUGGAUUCUGAGAGUGCAGCUCUGAUGAACAUAGGGAAUGGGACUACAUAGUGCUUGGCAGGGUAUGUGCUGCAAAGAGGCAGAACCAUUUUAAUGUCCUGUAUUCAAGGAAAUGUCCUGCAGCCCUGCACAGAUGACAGCACAGAGAGACAGGACAGUGGAGGGCCAUCUGCAGCCAUUGCUGUCCCUGAGCCAGCCUUGCAGCUAUUGAUUUGGAUAUUGCCCCGUUCACCCUAACCUUGGCAAUGCCAGCUUGACCCUUAUCAGUGCUGAUAAACCCCUCCACAACCUCCUGUCCCAUCCUGGGUGUGUCAUACCAUGAGGUUCCGUGGUGACAGAUCUUUCCUGUAACUCUGCCCGUGCACCAGUUGCUCUUUUGCUGCGAUGCUCUAAAUGCAGGAAACCUCUCUCCUAUUUUUGCACAGGGGCUGCAGCCACACCAAUAUUUUUAACCUCGUGUGGGUGCCCACUUCUUGCUGAGUGUUUUGUGUGAGGAAGGAUGCGGUGCCGGCUGCAAACACUUUUCCAGAGGAAAUUUAAGAUCAGUCUUCUCUUUCUUCUUCUCUUGGCCCUUCUCGUGCACCUGGUGCUGGAUUUUGCUUUCCCCACAGCGCAGAGCCCCUGCAGCUGCGAUGUGAAAGCACCAAAAGCCGUGGGUGUCCCAUCCGGCAGUCCCAUGCUGGCUGGCCUCACAAAGCUGAGCCUGCGAAUCCUUCAGGAUUUCAGUGGAAGCAAUGGCUCCUUGGAGAAAAGCUCCCAGCCACAGAAAGCAGGGCUGCACAUAAGGGCUGGAGAGCCAGGGGUCCAACAGCAGCACGAAGAGGGGAAUGAAGGGUGGACCAAGGGAUCAAAGCUGGCAGCACUCUUCGAACAUCCUCUUUACAAGAUCCCAAUCCCAGAGGUGACAGAGAAAGACAAGCUGUUUAUCGUCAACCCUAUGGAGAAGUUCAGCCUSCGCAGCAACGAGAGUGAUGAAUGGGUCAGCAGCAGUAAAGCAGAGACGCUCCUCCCGACAGGGAAGACAGCCUAUGACACCUACCCCACCUGGCUCAAAUUCCAYAUCGGCAUCAACCGCUAUGAGCUGUACCCCCGCCAGGACCCCUUGUUGCCCACGCUCCUCCGGGAUUUGGCCACGCAAAGGAUCAUCAGCUCAGUCCAGAAGUCUGGCGGGACCCAGCUCAAGCUCAUCAUGACAUUCCCAAACUAUGGGCAGGCCCUCUUCAAGCCCAUGAAGCAGACCCGGGACCAGGAGACUCCUAUUGAUUUCUUCUACUUCUCAGACUUUGAGCGGCACAAUGCUGAAAUUGCAGCCUUCCACCUGGACAGGAUCCUGGAUUUCCGGCGAAUCCCCCCAGUUUCUGGCCGGUUGGUCAACAUAACAAAGGAGAUUCGUGACAUCACCACGGACAAGAAACUGGCCAAGACUUUCUUCAUCUCCCCAGCGGGUAACAUCUGCUUCUAUGGAGAGUGCUCCUACUACUGCUCUACCGAGCACGCCCUCUGUGGCAAACCAGACCAGCUGGAGGGCUCCAUGGCUGCCCUGCUCCCUGACAAGACCUUGGCCAAGCGCCGCUCCUGGCGCAGCCCCUGGCGCCGCUCCUACCACAAGAGCAAGAAGGCUGAGUGGGAACUGAAUCCCAACUACUGCGCUCAGGUGCGAGAGACACCGCCCUAUGACAGGGGCCAUCGCCUUCUCGACCUCAUCGACAUGGCGGUCCUGGAUUUCCUCAUGGGCAACAUGGACCGGCACCACUACGAGACUUUUGAGAAAUUUGGGAAUGACACUUUCCUGCUCCACCUGGACAACGGUCGUGGCUUCGGCACACACUCGCGCGAUGAACCGUCCAUUCUGGCCCCUCUCCAGCAAUGCUGCAGCAUCAAGAAGUCCACUUACCUGCGGCUUCAGCUGCUGGCCACCCAGCCCUACCGCCUGAGCGACCUGCUACGGGAGGCGCUGGCUGCAGAUCCACUGGCCCCUGUCCUGGCCGAGCCUCACCUGCGGGCGCUGGACCGGCGCCUGGGGAAGGUGCUGGCACUGGUGGGAUACUGCCUGGCCAGGGCAGCCCGCCAGGAAGAGGUGCUGGUGGACGAUGUGGGGUCGUGGGUGUGAUGAGGGCUGGGUGCCCUGCUGGAUUGGGGUGUUUCGGGGUGCUGCCGAGGCUGAUGUGGGGAUCGAUGUGCAGCUCUGAUUCUGUGUAGCAUUAGCUUUUGGUGGUGCUGGAGCUGGUGGUUUGUUGAACCAGGAAAGCAGGUUGUAAGGAUAGCUGGGAUGGGGAAGGAAUUUAAAUAAAAAGGUUGGCCUCGUGGUGAAGACAUGAGCUAUGAUCUUCCCCACCAAGGCUGCUUUCCCAGGACUGUCCUUGCGUGCCUGGACCUGUCACUUCAGCCCUUCAAAGCCUUUUAGGAAAGGGAUCUUUCCUGCCUUUCCCCAGCAAGAGCUGCCAAUCUCCUUCUGCCUCACCCCUGCCCAUGAUGAUUGGCACAGUGAUGCCCUGGUGAGCCCCAAAAGAGAGUUGAGACAACCCACUGCUGGUGUGGAGCAAAUGAGGCACAAGUUCCCAGCCACUCACCACUUAUCUUCGGCUCACUCUUCCCACACCCACUCAAAAACUCCCAUGGCUCUGGCAUCACUACCUCCUCCACAUGACCAGGGAUGCAGCAAGGACAAACACCACUGCCCCCAGAACAUCUUCCCAAAUCCCCUGGGAACUUCUGCUGACUCCUUCACACCCAAAAAAGUGGCUCCUGAGGAGGGGAUGGAUUGACCUGGGGCUGUGCACGCUGUUUAGUGCCUGGUGGCUCAGCACCCAGCUUAUCCCCUGAGCCUCCCGGGGGGGUUAAUCCACACAGGGUUACAUCAGCUGGCACAGGUGCCAUUGUGACAGCCACUGCCAGUGUACCCAGCUCGGGACACGCGAUUGCCAUCAGCGUGGCCAGAGAUAAAGGUGCCACUGCCAAGGGGAGAUGUCCUCUGCCCCAGCCAGACACUUGCAAAGAGAUGGGAAGCCACGGGAAAGGGUGAAAAAUGGCAGCUGGCACAGUGGGAGAUGGAGCUGGAAAAGCUAGGCAGAGAUUUUGGCUGGAACAAAAAAUGGGCUCAAAAGGAAGGGGRAAAAAAAAGAAAAGGGAGACAAAGACGAUCUGUCUGUGUUACACAACGGGGCUAUGGACACUGAAUCGGGGUUUGUUGCGGUGUGCCCCCCCUCCCGAUUCUGACAGCACGUCCUCCUGCCGCUGCCCUGGCUUGUGCCCCAAAGCCCAGCACAAGAAGGAAAAGGUUUCAGCGCUGUUUUGCAAUAGGUUCCUCCCCUUCUGCCAGCUUUGUAUUUCAUUAACUCUUUAUAUAAACACCAUUUUGCCCCAUAGCCAAAGCCAGCGGGACCAUUUCUUUACUGUGCCGCACAGACAUGGCCUAAACAACCAUGUCUGGACACAGGUGACUGGUUCCCUUCACUCUCAGAGCUCCCCCAGACAAGUCUUUUUCCGAGGCGCCAACAGAUUUAAAAUGCAGAGUGUGAGAGGGGGCUGUUUUUUCCGGGUGGCCUGGUGAGUUUGCACAAGGUCCCAGCUGUGCCGCAGCCGUUCAAGGUCCCAUGGGAGCAGCCCGGUUUGGCUCACUUGCCCCUGACAACCCAGCCCAGCCACCCGUGGGGAAGAGCGAUGGCAACGGGGUGUCUGGGGCCAGCAGCCCAGGGAGCAGCAGAACACGCCUGCCCGGUCGAGGCGGCRUGGGCACACGGCUGUCGAGCGGGGAUGCCCCCGCCCCAGG